UUAGAAGAAGAUCCCCCAGUGUUUUGAGUUUCGGCGCCGGUUGCGGCGGUAAGGAAUUACCUGAAGCGUAUACUUUUGUAUCUACCUGAACAUCGGUUUGCAGCUCGUGCAUCAAAUAUAUCACAACUAUGAAAAUCGAGGAGGUAAAAAGCACCACGAAGACACAGAGGAUUGCCUCCCACAGUCAUGUAAAAGGACUCGGGCUAGACGAGGCCGGGAAUGCUAAGCAGAGCGCAUGUGGUCUGGUAGGCCAGGAGGCUGCGAGAGAGGCUUGUGGCAUAAUUGUCGAGCUCAUUCGCUCGAAGAAGAUGGCAGGCAGGGCAGUGUUAUUGGCAGGGCCACCUGGUACAGGGAAGACGGCCCUUGCCUUGGCAGUAGCACAGGAGCUGGGAAACAAGGUGCCUUUCUGCCCGAUGGUCGGCAGUGAGGUCUACUCAUCUGAAAUUAAAAAAACAGAAGUACUGAUGGAAAAUUUCAGGAGGGCCAUUGGACUGCGUAUCAAAGAGACCAAGGAGGUGUAUGAAGGGGAGGUAACAGAGCUGACCCCCUGUGAGACUGAGAAUCCCAUGGGAGGCUACGGCAAAACCAUCAGCCACGUCAUCAUCGGUCUCAAGACGGCCAAAGGCACAAAGCAGCUCAAGCUGGAUCCUAGUAUUUAUGAGAGUCUUCAAAAGGAGCGCGUGGAAGUGGGAGACGUCAUCUACAUUGAAGCAAACAGUGGAGCUGUCAAGAGACAAGGUCGCUGUGACACAUUUGCAACAGAGUUUGACCUGGAAGCAGAAGAGUAUGUCCCACUGCCCAAAGGUGAUGUCCACAAAAAGAAGGAGAUCGUGCAAGAUGUCACGUUGCAUGACCUGGAUAUUGCAAAUGCCAGACCCCAAGGAGGACAGGACAUUCUUUCCAUGAUGGGACAACUGAUGAAACCAAAAAAGACAGAAAUCACAGAUAAACUCCGAGCUGAGAUUAACAAGGUGGUGAAUCGCUACAUCGACCAGGGCGUAGCUGAGCUUGUACCCGGUGUGCUGUUUGUGGACGAGGUGCACAUGCUCGACAUCGAAUGCUUCACCUACCUACACCGAGCACUCGAGAGCUCCAUCGCGCCCAUCGUCGUAUUCGCGUCCAACAGGGGAAACUGUUUAAUUAGGGGGACGGAGGACAUCAGCUCUCCACAUGGGAUUCCUCUGGACCUGCUGGACAGAGUCAUGAUAAUCCGCACCAUGCUCUACACACCACAGGAGAUGAAGCAGAUCAUCAAGAUCCGUGCUCAGACUGAAGGGAUCAAUAUCAGCGAAGAAGCCUUGUCACACCUGGCAGAGAUCGGCACAAAGACCACCCUCAGAUAUGCUGUGCAGCUGCUGACACCGGCCAAUCUGCUGGGACGUGUUCAAGGAAAAGAGAGCGUGGAGAGAGAGCAGGUCGAGGAAAUCAACGAGCUGUUCUACGACGCCAAGUCCUCGGCUAAAAUCCUGCAAGAUCAACAUCAUAAGUUUAUGAAGUAAAACCGGAGUUAGUUCUUUCUUUCACAGACUAUAGAGAGUGUCACCAGGGCAUGUUACAUCGUUCACUUCAAUCCUCUGCAUUUUCCCCAUCGUCACUUUCACCAUCGCUCAUUUUGUUCUGCAGCAAUUACUGUAGGAGUUUUGUUUUAUUCAUUCUGUUUGUUAAUGGAAAUAAUUUUGAAUAAAAGUGGAAAAAAAACAA